AUGCUCACACGCGCCCGUGACGUGCGCGCCGGGACCGGGCCGCCGGAGGCCGGGCUGAGAGGGGCGGCGGGCCGAGGCCGGGAGCAGAGCAGAGCGGAGCGAGCGCGGCGGUGGAGAGGCGCGCGGAGCAGCAGAGCGGCGGUGCGAUCGGCGCUCCCAGCCGGCCUCCCCACCGCCCCAGCCCCGGCGCGCGGGCUCCGGCCGCCGAGCGGCCACCUUGCUGAGCGGCCACCCCUGCGCCGGUCGCCGCGGGCCGGGCCGGGCAUGAGCGCGGAGGGGCUGCGGCCGCCCCCCGCACCGCCCGGCGCUCGCAGGCCGUGA